AGAUUAGCAGGAAAGGGGAUCAAUGUCAAUAAUCAUCAUAAAAGAUGUACUGUAAUGCCAAAAGAUCGCUGGGCAAAGGUCGUAACUGCCAGCUGGCAAUGAGCAGGCAGGGUUCAACAUUUUCUAGACGAGUAGCUACGAAGGGAUCGAAAUGGGUUUUCCUUGCUGCAUCUGGAAUUGGAGCCAUGAAAGUGGUAAGCAACAAGAUUGAUGAGACGCAUGGUGAAGUUUCAAAGAACUUGAGCCUACCCUAUGACACAAUGGCUGAUGGACUAAACUCUCUUGCAAUGUCGGCUAGAUCUUACUCUCAUUACGGAAGGAGCUACUUGGAUAAAAUUGACGAGCUUAAAAACUCAUUCGGAGAUAGUGUUGCUGGUUUUAAUGACAUUCUCAAUGGAGGAUUACACAGAAACUACAUGUUGCUCCCUAACGCAGGUGACGAGGUUACCCCUGCUAUACCACCCCUUCAACCACUCAAACCUCUCCAGAUUGAAGAGCCAGAGAUAGACGAAGAAGCACAAGAUAUUCAGAGACAAAUACAAGAAGUUAUGGACAGUCCAGUUUUGUUGGAAGUACCACUACCUGAGCUUGAGUCUGAGCCUUCUCAAUGUACAAUCCCUGAUGAGACACUGGUACAACAUCAAGAAGUAUUAGAAAAACUGUCUCUAGAGCUAGAAGAGAAAGAAAGACUCAUGGAAGAACUUGAUGCAACACAAAAUGAGAGAGAUUUGAAACAUCAAGAGGAAUUGGGCAUACUUUCUCAAGAGCUAAAGGAGAAAGAAAGACUCCGGGAGGAGCUUGAUUCAAUGCAAAAUGAAAAAGAUCUGAAGCACCAAGAAGAACUAGGAAAACUUGCUCAAGAAAUAAAAGCAAAGGAGGAAGCUAUGAAUGAAAAAGAUUCAAAGUUUCAGGAAGAAAAAGAAAGGCUUAAAGAAGAACUUGCUGAAGCUCAAAAUGUAGCAUUACAAAUUGAAGAACUUCUUCAAGAAAAUAAAGAUCUCAAAAGCAAAAUAAAUUCUGAUAAAUCAGACUCGCACAGAACAGAAACAGAGUUGAGGAAGGAGCUACUGAAGCUGCAGGAGAGCUACAAGAGGGAACUGGAUAAGUACCGUAGUGAGAACGAGCAGCUCAAGUUCUUAGUCAAGAACUCUAAUCUCAAAACUAGCUCUGUCAAGAAGUCUAUAAUAGACAUGUACGCUGAAGUGCUGGACACCCUGUCUGAUAACGAUAACACGUACAAGAUACAGGACCACCUACCCCGGAUAGUGGUGGUCGGGGAUCAGAGUGCUGGCAAAACUAGUGUUCUGGAGAUGAUAGUCAGGGCUAGGAUAUUCCCCAGAGGGCAUGGUGAGAUGAUGACAAGGUCUCCAGUACAAGUAACACUUGGGGAGGGGAACCGACAUACUGCUCAGUUCAAUGGAGAUGACAGGGUAUUCGAUCUCUCUUCCGAGGCAGAGCUAAAAGAAUUAAGAGCAGCAGUAGAAGGACGGAUGACGAAGAACCUGAAACCAGGCGAGACGGUCAGCUCUGAAGUUAUCUCCCUGACUGUUAAGGGUCCUGGACUACACAGGAUGGUGCUUGUGGACCUUCCUGGCAUUAUCAGCACUGAGACGAGAGGGAUGAUGCCCAAAACAAAGGAAGCUCUCACGGAGAUGGCUGCUAUGUUCAUGAGAAACCCUAACGCUAUUAUACUCUGUGUACAAGACGGCAGUAUAGACGCAGAACGUAGCAAUGUUACUAACAUCGUUCAGGCACAUGACCCUAAAGGGAAGAGGACGAUAUUUGUACUAACCAAAGUGGACCUAGCAGAGCAGAACAUGCUUAACCCUACUAGGGUUAAGAAGAUUCUGGAGGGGAAGCUGUUUCCGAUGAAAGCGCUGGGUUACUAUGCGGUAGUAACGGGCAGGGGACCUCAAGAUGACAGUAUUGAAACUAUUCGAGCGUACGAGGAGGACUUCUUUAGUAGAUCUAAACUAUUCAGGUCAGGUGCAAUGAGAGCAUCUCAGAUGUCGACUAACAAUUUGUCGCUAGCCGUAUCGGAUUGUUUCUGGAAAAUGGUGAGCGAUUCGGUGGAGCAGCAGGCUGAUAAUUUCAAGGCGGCGAGGUAUAAUCUUGAGGCAGAAUGGAGGAACACGUUCUCUGGGAUCCGAGAAAUGGACAGGAACGACCUGUUUGAGAAAGCUAAAGAUGACAUAUUAGACGACAUAGCGGCUCUACACAAGUCAACACCUCUUGAAUGGGAGACGUUACUGCAGGAAAACUUGUGGGAAGAAAUCCACCCAAAAGUGGUGGAUGAUAUUUAUCUUGGAGCUGCGGAGUGCACUUCCAGUUCGAACUUUAACACUAAAGUGGAUAUUGCCCUUAAAGACUGGACAGACGACAAACUCCCCCAAAUGGCUAUCAACGUCGGGUGGCAGACUUUAUUCAAGCAGCUGGAGACCAUCAUGACUACCAAGAAAGCUGACAGAGAGAUUGGAGAUUUGUUCCAACCUCUGAAAGCCAAUAUUUUGGAGACUGUCAAGGCUCAGCAUGCCUGGCAAUCCACCGCUCUCAAACGAUUGAGUGUGAUACAGAAGAACGCAUUAGAGGACACUGCAGUGACCAAUAAAAUGCAGUGGGAUAACUCUAUAUCCUUUAUGGAACGUAUCUUAAAAGAGAGGAUAGACUUAGCUAACGAUAAUCUGGAGAGAUGUAUUGGCCCGUCCUGGACAGAGAGAUGGACAGGUUGGAGGAGCAGGUCUCCUCUAGAAUCUCAGUGUGUGUCUGCUAAGAACGAGCUACAGAAACUGCUAGUAGCAGAUGAGAUGCAUAGUAAGCACCUUGAGAAUGAUGAGCUGACCACAGUGAGGAGAAACCUACAGACCCAGGGUGUUGACGUGCCUUACGAAAUUAUUUGCACUGUGUGGGAGAAGCUGUACGCAGUAACGUUCCUGACCCGCGCACUAUCAAGUGCGCAGCAGUGCCGCAAAGCGUUCUACCACCGCAGUAUUGCGUGUAACGCAGUGGAGUGUAACGAUGUGGUGUUAUUCUGGAGAGCUACCCGCAUGCUGGAGACUACUAGUAACGCGCUCAGACUACAGAUCAUGAACACUGAGGCUCAGAGACUAGAACAGGAAGUGAAGCAGUACCUAGAUGAACUGUCACGUGACGAAGAGAACAAGAAGCGUCUGAUAACCGGAAAGAGAGUGGACUUAGCGGAGGAGUUGAGGAAAGUUAGAAGUAUACAGGACAAACUGGAACUCUUCAUUGCGGAGCUAAAUAAGGAUCAAUAAUGUGAACUGUAGACAUUACUCUAAUUUGAGAUACUGUGAGGCUACCUAGCAGCUAGUUUAGCUUCUAUUCUGAGAGCUGAAUAAGGGAGCUACUCAUCUUACUUAGCUUUAGUUCACCCUCCACCCUACAAGUCACUAGACGCAAUCUCAGUGCUCAUUCGGACUACAAGAUACUUUUAUACAUGAUGCAGCAUUGAUUCCCUGCAGUGGUAACAACAUGUCAGGCGUCAGCCUAAUCGCACAGUAAUGUUUCAUUCAGGCUUACUGUAAUGGUGGUUCGCUGAUUAAAGAGCUUAUCACGUGAUGUAUAAGCGGCGUUUACUGGGUUCACCUUCUAGAUAUAAAUAAUUUUAUUUGAUGUUUAAUAGUUUAUAAUAGGUGAUAUUUCCAUCCAGUUAAAUCUAUGAUGUGUGUCUAAGUUAAUUGUUAA